GCGACACCUCGGAGCUCGCAGGGCGGCGGGAAGGCCCGGGCCUUGGAGAUGGAGAAUUCCCAGUUGUGUAAGCUGUUCAUCGGCGGCCUCAACGUGCAGACGAGUGAGUCGGGCCUGCGGGGCCACUUUGAGGCCUUUGGGACCCUGACGGACUGCGUGGUGGUGGUGAACCCCCAGACCAAGCGCUCCCGUGGCUUCGGCUUCGUGACCUACUCCAACGUGGAGGAGGCCGAUGCCGCCAUGGCCGCCUCUCCCCAUGCCGUAGACGGCAACACGGUGGAGCUGAAGCGGGCGGUGUCCCGGGAGGAUUCGGCGCGGCCCGGUGCCCACGCCAAGGUGAAGAAGCUCUUUGUCGGUGGCCUGAAAGGAGACGUGGCCGAGGGCGACCUGACCGAGCACUUCUCGCAGUUCGGCACCGUGGAGAAAGCCGAGAUCAUUGCCGACAAGCGGUCCGGCAAGCAGCGCGGCUUCGGCUUCGUGUAUUUCCAGAAUCACGACGCGGCGGACAAGGCCGCAGUGGUCAAGUUCCAUCCGAUCCAGGGCCAUCGCGUGGAGGUGAAAAAGGCCGUCCCCAAGGAGGAUAUCCACUCCGGUGGAGGCGGAGGCGGCUCCCGGUCGGGGCAGGUGACCAGCUGUACCAAGUGCCUCUUUGGGACCUUCCUCUCUGUCCCUGCAGAAGGCAUCUAG